UUAGCUAUUUUUAUGCCCACAAUACAGCAUUGCAGGUUAGGUAAAAAAUUAGAAAAUGAGUCAAAACACCUCCCAAACUACAACAGGAAGCUGCAUAUAUUUCGCAUGUUUCGGCUUUUUAACAAAACACCGUUGUGACUGAGUGGAAGGCUUCGUUUGCUUUCAGCAAUGUCAAGUUGCUCGACUGUCCACCUAAGUUUACCGCAGUGGGACGGUGGCUCCCGAAAAAUCCGCUUUAUUUACUUGGUGAAUGUAACAUCGUUUAGGCUGACUGACUGUCCCAACAAGGUCUCCCUCAGAAGAGAUUUUAAUCUCAAGGGACUUCGUGGCAAAAUAAAGGGUCCAGUGAUUCCUCUCUAUUUAGGAGCUGAUCUUCUGUCCAACACAGACAUCCGUACAGAGAACCAUCCCCGAUAUCAUGCCAGGUUUGCCAAGAAAGGACUUGCCACAAAAAUAAAUUUUUCUUCAGCAUUCAGGUUCAAUGGGUUGAAAGUGCCUGCUGCAAAUAACAGCUUGUGGUUCUACAGCAUUCAAGGACUUUUCCGAGUUGCCUUUGAAAUCUACAGUAAGCAAGAACAACUUGCAGUGCUGGAGAACUUCCAGGGCAUUUGGAAAUCACAGAUAAAUGACAGCCCUCUGAAAAUGAGCUACAGCUUCAGUGUGCAGCUCGAUGUUUCAGUGUCCCUCGGCCAGUGUGACACACAAUUAAGCAAUGAAAUGUCACAGUCUGUUUUUUACCAGGCAGACAAGGAAAUGGUGGAUGUACAUGGAGGUGACACAGCUAAAACAUCAGAAGAUCACGAUUACUGUUCUUCCCCAAAGCAGAGUUUGCAAACUGAGCAAAGCCAACCUCUUGUGUCCUCAGUUAGACAAAAAUUGCACAGCUUGGACGACCAACUCUCCUCCGACCCUCAAAGCUGCACAGAGCAGCUGGAGACUGUUUUGCUGCUUUUGGAAAACAUCAAUCAGUACAUAAAAGGUAAUCUAGAAGAAAAGGAUGCGACUGAAACUGUGCUAGCCCUGCUAAAGGCCAAAGACUGGGGCUCUGUAUAUUCAAGCUCUCUGCUUAGUUGUGUUGGAUGCUGGCUUGGACAGCAGUUUCAUGCAGCCAACAGCAGCAUCAGCCACAAAGUGGAGGGCUUUAAAGUUCAGCAUAUUGAGCGAAUUAGUGACUUGCCACCUGCUGAGGAACUAGCCACAGAGCUCUUCCCUGAAGCCAUGCAAACACUGCUGCUUCACUGGAUGGGCUUAAGUGAGGAGUCCUCCCUGGAAAAGAGGCACAGCGAAUACCCAAUCCUGCUCCUCAUCCUCGAGUUUGCAAACCAUAACCUCAUCACUGGUGUAGCUCAUGUGCUGUAUUCCAGUCUAAUAUGCAAGUAAGAAUGCACUUUGCUACAGGUACCAACAAGAAGACCUGCAAUUUACCUUAAUGACUUUUAGUGUUCUAAGAAAUGUGAAUUUCUGUGUAAAAAGUUGCAUUUUCUUCUUUGGGUUGGUCUGGUUUUUUUGGCUAUACGUCCUACUACUGUCAGGUUUGAUAAUAACUAGGGCUGGAUAGUAAUUCAACAUGAUUAAUUAAACAUUAUGAUUGAAAUAUUUCAUCAUUAAGUUCAUUUUAAAAAUUGUAAUUUCCUUGGCUUACACUGGGCCUUUGGGUGGUGACUGCACUUGACAGUGAGCAUCGUCACACAUGCGUUAUUCAUUUUCCUGUCAUUUAUGACUAUUUGAUAACCAACAAAGUAAUUAAAUGGUCAGAAAUAACAGGAAAAUUAAUGUCCAUGGUGCUUGGAUAAAAUGGAACCACAAUGAAUAAAUCUGGUUAACAAGUUUAAUUUUUCUUUUUAUUCUUACUUCUUGUCACUUUGGUUCUGUUGAUUUUCCAUUGGGGCUGACUGAAACCUCUUUGCGGCCUUGCUAAAAAUUCCUCCAUGCAGGGAAAAACCUUAGAAUCGGCAUGAUUUUUGGCUUCAUUUGAUAUAAAAUUGAUACUGGAAAAUAUUAUCGUCAUAUUAGGCAUGAUAUAUUCAACUUAAGUAGUUUUACUUAAUCCAGGUCUAGCAACACAAACUUCAUUUAAACCAGAAUACUAUUACCCACUCAGACAUCCUACAAAAUAAAAAAAAUAGGUGAUGUGAUGUAUAAAAAGUCACUAUCAACACAAAACUAAUUUAUUUCAAGAACAUUUGAAACAUAUUACUCCCUUCAAGUGCAUCUCUAUCCAUGGCAAUCCAGAAGACAAUAUGUAUUAUAACCCAUGUUUUGUUUUUCCCCAAUCAAGAGAAGUGAAACUAAGGAUUCUGAUAAUGCUACAUUGACUUCAGAUGCCUUUUACUAAAUGAAUGUAAACAGUGUUCACUUGAACCACAUUAUAUUCAGUUUAUGUUCAAACAACAACAUAUCAAUAUAUAUUUGAGUUUAAAAAAAGCUACCACAUUAUUCAAAACAAAUACCUAAUUUUCUCCUGCAUCAACCAGUGAAAAUGAUGCUUCCUCUGCAAAGAUGUACAGAUUAAUAAACACUGAGACCAACUCAG